GUUUCUGAACUCGUGUUACAGAACAGACAGACUUUCUCUCCCUCAAACUGUGACAUAAUUUCUUACACACCUGGCAAACUGUUCUCUCUCGCGGUUCAACGGAAGCUGGACUAGUUUCGUUUAUCAUCAAACCCGGUGCGGACAUGCCAAGUAGUCACGGUGUCCUUGCUACUCUUCUUUUCGCCACCCUCGCGGUAGUCAUCGUUACUAGCGGCAUCGUUCAGCAGAAACGUGCAGCGAAUUUCGACUAUUACGAUGAUGGCUAUCAGAAUUUCCAGCCUGUGGUGAAGUUCCAAAGGCCAAUCGUAGUUCCAGAAUUCCCGAAGAAGGAUCAACAAGAUCUCAGUAAAAUACCCGGUAUUCCUGGAGUGGACUAUCCGAUUUAUCACAGCGUUCCAAAGACCAGUUUUUCUUGUGCUUAUGUACCCCAUGUACCAGGAAUGUACGCGAAUGUAGAGACUGGUUGUCAGGCGUAUCACAUAUGUCACGAUGGCAGAGAAGGUCAGCAAGGUGCCUCGUUUCUUUGCACUAAUGGGACACUUUUUAAUCAGCAAGACUUUGCUUGUGAUUGGUGGUACAACGUGAAUUGUGCUUUAGCGCCACAAUAUUACAGAUUAAAUUCAGAUCCAUUGACGAAUCCUUAUGUAUCGAAAGAAGAAAAAGAUGCUAUCAGACAGAGAUUAAAUCGCAUCGUAGUGCUUUAGUUUUUAAUUUUAAUCAAUGAAAAUUUUAUCAAAUUUAUUUAUAAUA